GGCGGGGGCUGCCAGGGUUCUCUCAACCGGACCGGGCUCGGGCCAGCAGCUUCUAUGCAGGGUCUGCACAAAAACCCAACCAAAUCGGUCGGGCCAACUGGUUCUCCGAGGCGUCUCCAGCUCAAACUCCACCUACCUUCUUCCUCGCCUCCCCGCACCUCCCCCUCGCUCCCGAAACCGAGCGUCGCAGCAGCUAUACCAGACCGAAAGCAAAGGUGAUGUCGGCGAUCGCACAACUCGACGAUGAGACCGUCCACAGCAUGGCAGUCGGUGCCAUCUUCAAUGACUAUGUAGGGAAAAUAAGUUCUCUUGAUUUUCAUCGUACAGAAGAUCUGCUUAUCACCUCAUGUGAGGAUGAUUCUAUACGCCUUUAUAAUAUCACAAAUGCUACGUUGCUGAAGACAACAUAUCAUAAGAAGCAUGGCGCUGAUCGAGUUUGCUUUACACAUCAUCCGAGUUCCAUUUUAUGCUCUUCAAGAUAUGAUUUGGAAUCUACAGAAUCUUUGAGGUACCUUUCUAUGUAUGAUAAUCGUUGCCUACGCUACUUUAAAGGGCACAAAGAGAGAGUUGUUUCACUCUGCAUGUCUCCUAUCAAUGACAGUUUCAUGUCUGGGUCGCUUGACCAUAGCGUAAGAUUAUGGGAUCUUCGUGUAAAUGCUUGCCAGGGGAUUCUGCGGUUACGUGGUAGGCCCACUGUUGCUUAUGAUCAACAAGGCCUUGUUUUUGCAGUUGCAAUGGAGGGGGGUGCUAUUAAGUUGUUUGAUUCCCGUUCUUAUGACAAGGGUCCAUUUGACACCUUUCUGGUUGGUGGAGAUACUGCAGAGGUUUGUGAUAUCAAGUUCAGCAAUGAUGGCAAGUCCAUGCUCUUGACAACAACAAAUAACAAUAUCUAUGUUCUAGAUGCCUAUGGAGGAGAGAAGCGUUGUGGAUUUAGUCUGGAACCAUCACCUAAUUUAACAUCUGAGGCUACCUUUACUCCAGAUGGGCAAUAUGUAGUGUCAGGCUCUGGAGAUGGAACCUUGCAUGCUUGGAACAUCAACAAGCGAAAUGAGGUAGCCUGCUGGAACAGUUACAUUGGUGUUGUGACUUGCUUAAAGUGGGCUCCGCGUCGUGCCAUGUUUGCAACUGCGUCAACAGUCCUUACUUUCUGGAUACCCAACCAAUCUAAGUCGAAUGAAGAGCCCAGCACAGCUGAAGCGGGACAUGGUGAAUGAUUGAGUUCACCAUCUUUAAGCUGCUUAAGAAUAGUUGAGAUAUAGUCUUAUCUUCCAAGACGCUACUGAAGACUUGGCUGUUUCCUCCCAGUAAUGCUACCCACUCAAUAGAGGCCAUGAGGUUCUGACCCAGCUCCUGUUAUCUUCCUUAUUUCCAGACGGUUCAGUGGGUCAUAUCUCAAGCACCACAUGGAGAUAUCUGCCAUCUAAAAUGGGUGACAUAACAGUGGUUUCAUCGGCAAUGAGGAGGAAGCAAAUACAAGCAGAUCAGCGCAUGCUUCAUUUGUUUGUGUAGGCUUAUUUGCAUGUAAUUGCUCAUGAGAAUAAGACAUGGCCAUGGAAGGCUAACCUUGUAUACUUCUAUAGGGCAAGUGUCAUCGGGAUUCUGAUCUGUAGCUGCCUCCAAGCACUCUUUGGAUCAUCCUCUCGGAAACUUCCUUUCUUCUGAUCAUAUUUUGAUAGAGAUACAAACUGUUGAUGUUAAUAUAAUCUUCUUCCAUUUGUUCGGAAA